UCCAUCACCCCUCUCACCCGCCGCCUUUUCCAACUCCCAACUCCCCCCGCAAAUCCCUCCCCCUCACACACCGAUCUCCCCUCUUUUCUCUCUUACGCCCAGCGCACCGCCCUUCCCGAAUCAACGACAACAUACCAAGGCACAAUUUAUGAAUAUGUCGUGCAAUCCCAUCUUCGAACCGCUGCCUUCAAUCUCCACCGCGUCGGUGGACGCUCAGACCUAGGCAUCGAUCUGCAAGGAACAUGGCACGUCGGGCCAAAUCAAGUGCUUGACCCGCCAGUCCGGGUAAUAGUACAAUGCAAGGCGUUGAAGACAAAGAUUGGGCCGAAUAUUGUGCGAGAAUUGGAGGGGGUCACGGCGCGGCAUUUUGCACCGAGCGGGGGCGUCGGUGCGGGCGUGCUUGUUAGCCCGCGAGAGGCGACGAAGGGGGUGCGUGAGGCGCUGGGGAGGAGUGGAAUGCCGCUCGUUUGGAUUAUGAUGGGGCGGGAGGGGAGUGUGAGGCAGGUUUUGUGGAAUGGGAGGGUGGAGGGAUUGGGGCUUGGUGGUCUGGGUGUUGAGGUUUUCUAUCCUGCCGAUGCAGGAGAGGAUAGUGAUGGGCAUGGGUAUGGGAAAGGAAAAGCUAGGUUAACGUGGGAUGGGACGGAGGUGCAGGCGAUGGACGAGGUUGAGGAGGGGAUGAGGCUGUUGGAGGAUGAGUGGAUGGCGAAGUGGGAGCGGACAGGGCUGGGAAGCAUCUCGGAUGAGGAGUUAUUAGAUGCCGUGGAGAGGAUUUUGCCCGGCACGAGGCCGAUAAUGAUCUCGGAAGGGGAGAGAGAUGCGGUGGCUAGAGGUUUGUUAUCG